AUGCAUACGCCGCUGGUUCUAUUGAUAAUCGGUUUAAUCUAUGUUAACUCUCAAGAUAAUCCUAUCCAUGAAAAGGUAUGUGUAUUAGUUUCUUGUUCACUAUAGCAGCAGCCAGUCUGUUGAAAUUAUAUAAGUGCAUAUGCAUUUUUAUUUCAGGAGGACAAAAGUUUGGCCAAGAUAAGUCUUGUGCAGUAUGAAGGAAUCAUAUUCUUGAACACACUAGACGGUUCUUUUAUUGCUGUUGAUCAAAGAACCGGGAAAACUUUAUGGAACUUUCAUGACGGUAAAGAAUAUAUGUUAUUAAAACUAUGUAUUAUUUUAUAUUGUUAUUAGAUGACAAAUAAAAUAUUUAUUUUUGUUUUAGAUCCUCCAGUCAAAGUACCAUCUAAUAUUAAAGAUGCCCUAACGUAAGUAUUAUGUUAUUUCUUAUAUUACCCAGUAUGUUGGAGUUUUGAAAUUAAUUUAAAAACAAAUCAUAUUUCUUACAGGCCAUUAUUCUUGCCAGAUCCUAGAGAUGGCUCCCUAUAUUUACUACAUAAUAAGGAUAAAGUAGGAAUUAAAAAGUUGGAUGUUACUAUUCCUCAGUUAGUUGCUAACUCACCAUGUAGAAGUUCUGAUGGAAUAUUAUUUUCUGGUAUUAAUCAUAUUAUUAUUAAACAUUACUAUAUAAUAUAAAUAAAUAUAUAUUAUAUAUAUAUAAUUAAAUAUCCAGGAAAAAAUACAGUUUAGCAACAAAAUAGUAGUUUGAAAUUGUAUGGUACAUAGAGCAGUCUUUGACACCUAACCUAAUUUUUGGUAAUUCUGUGUUUAAUAAACUAUUUAGGUACAGAAAAUCAAUUUUAUUUUUAGAUUUAAUCAAGAUGCUUUUAAGUUAAAAUUGUAUUGGUGAUAACCAAACUAAACCCAAACUAAUAAUCUAUGACAUAUUAAAUACAAAAUUGCCAAAAACUUAGUUAUCCUACCCUACCCUUUCAUUAUUUUUUCUGUAUUAAAUAUUUAAAAAACUAAGAUAAUGUCACUGUUUGAAUAAAUUAUUAUAUCCUUGGGUUAUAUUACAAGUAAAUAUAAUUUUAUAUAUUGUCUAUUGUAGUCAAUAAAAUAAUGAAAAUUCUCCAAUCGGUCUAUACUUGCUUAUACAAAAUGUUUAACUAAAAAUAACUCGGUUUUUAAUACCUUCUAAAAAUCAUAAAAUUCUUGUUUAUUUUUGAGACAGCCAUAUUUUUAUUUUUUUUUUUAAAUUUCAAUUUAAGCAUUCAUGUUAUUAGGCUUAAUCCAUUAGAUUUAAAUUAAAUAAAUGUAUUAGUUAUCAAAAAGCUUUUGGCAUUAACAAAAAUUUUAAAAUGUUUAAAUACCUAACAAAAUUUCAAAAGAAUGUCAAAUUUGAUUGUAUUUUUAAUCUCUGCAUCAAAAAUUAUUUAUUUUUUUUGAAAAACAGUAUAGGUGCUAAACUGUAUUUAUAACCAAUAUAAUUAUUUAUGUUUCAAAACUGUCUUAAGCUAGUUUAAUUAGUAUAAUAUAGAUAAUAUAUAUAUAUAUCAGUCAUUUUUUAAAUAUCAUUCUUAACAUAUUAAUAUUACUAGUAUUUAUUAAUUAUUUGAAAUGGAAUUUACCAACCAAAUUUAUUUUUGAGAUUACAAUUAUUUUAUGUUGAUCAAAAUAUAAUAAACUGAAACAAAAUAUAUGUAUAAUAAUAUAGCUGGUAGAAUUCACAAUGCAUACCUAUGUCGGAUAAUAAUAUUGAAUUCUAGACGAUUUGAUUCAAAGUUAGUACUGUAAAAAAAAAGUACAAAGUAUUGUACUUACAAACCUUUAAAAACUUUAUUCUACAUUACCUAGAGUAAAUUCUGUGCAUUACAAUUUUCAAGCUGUUAGGUCACUAGUAUCUUGCACCCAUGCAGUAAUAGAUUGUCUCCUUGACUACCAAAAGUCAUCAGUAACAUUUAAGUUUAUAAUUAAAAUUAAAAAUUUACUUAGAUAAGCACACUAAAUUUGAUUUUGUAUAAAAAUAUUAAGUUAUAUUUAAUAGGCAAGAAAAUUGAUAGUUGGUAUUUCAUUGAUUGGAAUACUGGUGAAAGACAUCCAUUUAUGAAUUUUGAAAAACAAGGAGAAGUAUGUACUGCAAUUGCUUCAAAAUCUAUCUUAUUGAGUAAAUCAGGUAAAAAAUACCUAAAAUCAUAACUAGUUAUUUAAGAAUGUACUUAGUUAGAAUGUUUUAAUUUAUGUUUAGAAUAUAGUGUAAUGAUGGUUGACAGUUUAAACAAUAACCAACGCCAAUGGAAUGUCACAUUUUACACCUACAAUUCUAAAACUAUGACUGAAGAACAGAUUUAUAACCACGGUAUUUAAUCUAUACACCAAUUCUAAAUUAAAUCUUAAAUAAUAAUACUAAAAUGUUUUAAGCUUAAUCUUUUUUUUUUUUUCUAGGUUUGAACUACUUUGCUGCUAGUUCAUCUGGUAAUUUUGCAGUUUUUCUAAAUGAAAAAUCAUCGCCUCCAAUUAAUUACAAUAAUUUACUUUGGGAAAGAGAAUUUGACUCACCAGUUAUUGGGGUUUAUCAGCAUGAUGGCGAGAGUUUACUAUCUUUACCACUAACAAGCAUUGCUAAAGACUCUAUAAAACAUUUGAUUUCAAACAUUGCAUUGUCACCAAAGGAUCCAAAUUCUGUCAGUUAUUUGUGAGUAAAUUCUAAAUAAUUUAUUCUUAAAAAGAAACUUGUAUCAGGCCACUACAUAUGACAGUUUUAAUUAAUUUUACAUAAUAAAGCAGAUAAACUCAAUUGUUUAAAUAAUUGAAACUAUGGUAUUUAGUUAUUACAUAUACAUAGAUAUAUAUAUAAAUGUGAAAUAAGAAUAAUCUCUAGAACUGUUCAUCCAAUUGUCAUGUGCUUUUUAUCAAGUUAUAAUUAGCUAAUACUCUAGAGCUCUGUCAAUAAUUUAUAACUUAUUUGGUAGACACAGGGGGAAACUUUUUUAUUACACAGGUAAAGCCAGGUAGGAUAGCUAGUAUUGUAUAUAUUUUUAGGGUUAUUGACAUGCAAUUCAUGAAAAAAAUCCCACACAACACUAAAUUAUGUAAAUCCUAAACAAAAUCAAAACCUUAGGUAACAUAGCAGGAUAAUUCUUUUAUAAACCAGUUAUUUUAAGUAAAUUGUAUUUCUGUUUUUCCAAAUAUUAUAAACUCAAUUGCUUAAGCUUUAUUUUAACAGCUUUUUCAAGUUUUUUCCUCUAAUUCUUAUACAUUAAAUGAGCAUUACUUUUGAUUUUUAAGCACCCCCCCCCCUCCAUUUAUAAAUUAUAAAUUCAAAAUAAUAAUAUUUUUCUAAAAAUGUUGAUAAGUAAAUUAUUAAUAUUGGAUAUACUGUUUAUGAGUUAUGACAGUUAAAAAUUUAAAUUAGAGGGUACAGGAUAUGAUAAUAAAUGGAUUGUAAUUAUGGUAAUGGAUCAUGAUAAAAGAAUCACCCUGUAUGUGGUAUGUUUGCUAACUAAAUAAUUCUUUACAGAGAGUAAAGACAUUUAAUUCACUAUUUUGUGUUUGCCAUCAUACUUAAGUAUCAUACAUAUAUUUAUGAAAAAACAUCUGUAUAAAGAGUUAAUGAGUAUUUCCAGUUACACUAUGUAGUAUAUUAUAUACAUUUAGGCCAAAUACUUGAAAUAUUUAUAAAAGGCAUACUAUUUUAAAAUAUUAAAAGUAUCAAAAUAAAUCAUUGUAAUUAAAAAAUAAUUCUAAAGUAGAGCAUACAAUUUAAAUUAUGAAAAACACAUGCUGAAAUUCUCCCCCUCUAUUCAUUCAACUUUUUUUGGGGGGGGGAUUUCACCAAACUGUACCAACUGUGUUUAAUUUUAUUAUUUAAAAAAAAUAUAUAUAUAUAUAUAUAGUAAAGCAAAUAGCUUAUUUCUGCUUAUAAUGAAAACAUAUAAGUACAAAAAAGCUGCAAUGUAAAAAUGUUAUCAAAAAAUAUGAUUUUAGCUAUUUUGUAUUCAACUAAACUUAACAUAGUUACUAACCACGUAUAACAUAAAACAAUUUAUAAAUAUCUAUAUAUAUAAAUAUUUAGUUAUUUAUAUAAUUCUUAAAUAAUUAAAUAAACAUAUUAUGUUCACAGCCAUACACUCUACAUUGGUCAUCAUAUUGAUACUGGUUUAUAUGCUUUACCAGCUAUUGCAGACACUGGUGAAGUUAAUCCAUUAGUAGAUAGGGGAUUAAUUGUUCUAUUGGAUAAAACUUCUUUUUCAGUAUUACCAUAUUACAGUGGAAAUGAAUAUAAUGUAGAACCAAAAAAUGUUGAGAAUCACACAAUAUUAUUGGGUAGUGUAAAUACAAAUAUAUUGUUUUAUCAAAUGUUUCUUAAAACAUAAAUCAUUUUUUUUUUUUUAGGGCAUUACCAGCUGAACCAAGAAUUAAAUACAGGUACACCGAGAAUAACAGGAAAUACAGAUUCCAUAAUUUAUUAUCACAACAUGAGUGGAUAUAACUAUAGCAAUAAACAAACAAGUACAAUAUCUACUCAGACUCCUCAAUUUUUGGACUCAUGGUUUAUUGUUCAAAUGUUUGGAGAAAAUGCUGGAAUCAAACUAUUUAUGGUUUGGAUAACACUGUUAAUGAGUUUUAUGUUCUGGUAUCUCAGAAAAGAAGUAAGUCUCAAAAGUUCCUCCAUUUAAUUCAUUAUAUUUAUUAAUUUUAUUUGAAGAUGAAAGGUUUACAGAAGAAACCGAUUAACAGUUAUAAUAGCUCUCAGGGAAGUUCAAGAGGUUCCAAUCAUUCAAGUAGUAGUUCAUCUCAAAUUGUCGAAGAAUUACAUGAUGGUAGUUUUUCUAUUGGCAAAAUUAUGUUCCGCACUGAUGAAAUUUUAGGAAAAGGAUGUGAAGGAACAUUUGUGUUCAGGUAAAUUAUUUAAAUUAUUAUGUAAUAAAAUAUAAAUAUUAUUGAUUAGUAUUUUUUAUAGAGGAGAGUUUGAAUGUAGACCUGUUGCUGUUAAACGAUUGUUGCCAGAGUGCUUUAUCGCUGGUGAAAGAGAAGUGCAUAUUCUCCGAGAGUCUGAUUAUCAUCCAAAUGUUGUCCGUUAUUAUUGUACAGAACAAGACAAACAAUUUCGGUAUAUUGCACUCGAAUUAUGUGCAGCAACUCUAGAAGUUAGUUGAUAAUUAGUUUGUUCAUCUGAUCAAAGAAUUGUUCUUAAAUGUUUAAAUUUUGUUUAGGAUUAUGUAGAAAAAAAUCAAUUAAGACAUGAAAUUAGUCCAAAAGAAAUUUUAUCUCAGUCAAUUAAAGGUCUGCAGCACCUUCAUUCACUAGGAAUAGGUAAAAAAUAUUGUAAAAUAAGACUUAUUUACAUAUAUUAUUAAUUAACAUAAUUUAAUAGUUCACAGGGACAUAAAACCACAUAAUGUAUUAUUGUCAAUACCAUCACGUGGAAAUGGUAGUUUUAGUAGUGUUCGAGCACUAAUAAGUGAUUUUGGGUUAUGUAAAAAAUUACAGGGUGGUAAAAUGUCGUUUUCAAAACGUUCCGGUGUUACUGGAACUGAUGGCUGGAUAGCACCUGAAAUGUUUGCUAAUAACGCAUCUGUUGUAAGAAUAUUUUUUUUAUUUGAUCAAUAAUUUUUUUAACAAUUUUAUUUUUUUUUAGACUAAAUCUAUUGAUAUUUUUUCAAUGGGUUGUUUGUUUUACUAUAUUCUCAGUGAUGGAAAACAUCCAUUUGGUGAAUCAUUGUGGCGUCAAGCUAAAAUAUUGGACAAACGUCAAGUACCUUGGUAAAAAUUACAAACAAUUUUAAAAUAUUAUUUCAUUUAAAUUAACAUUUAUGUAUAAUAUAGUCUUGAUGCAUUAAAUGAUAAUGAAGUUUGGAAACGUUUGAUAUCUGUCAUGAUAAGUCGAAAUCCCGAAGAUAGACCCACUGCUUCUGCUGUUCGUUAUUAUCCAGCAUUUUGGGACAGCUCUACGUUACUAUCUUUUCUUCAAGUAUUUAUUUUUAUUUAAAUACAUUGCAAGCAAUCUCUAUAUAUUUAUACUUGUAGGAUGUUAGUGAUCGUGUCGAAAAAGAACUUUCAACGAGCCCUGUAAUGCUUGAACUUGAAAAAGGAGGUGAUGGAGUUUUUGGAAGGGAUGGCUGGCACGAUCAAAUUGAUCCAGUAAUAACUUCAGAAUUAAGGAAAUACCGAACAUACAGAACAGAUAGUAUAAGGGACUUGUUGAGAGCAUUUCGAAAUAAAGUUAGUAUUACUAACAUUAAAUAAAUAUAAUAAUUCAAUUUUGUAAUUUAUAUUAUUUUUAGAAACAUCAUUUUCGAGAACUGUCCUUAGAUACUCAGAAAUUAUUGGGUGAUAUUCCAGAUACAUUUUUAGAAUAUUGGACCACCCGGUUUCCAUUACUAGUAUACCAUACAUGGACAUCCAUGCAAUGUUUAUCAAAUGAAAUAACAUUUGUUAAAUACUUUACUAAUUGUUAUAAAUUUCCUCGUACGGAAUUCUCUAAUAUACCUACUUGGGUGUUCGACCAGCCAUUUAGCAGCUUACAAAAAUCAGCUAUCAGACGACCAAAUACAGGUACGAGCUGGCGACACAAAAAACGUGGAAAAACAGUUGAAACUCUUGAAACUUCUGAACAUUAA